AUGUCGACGACGUACCGCCUCAUUGCACCCAUAACGACACAAAAUGGGUUAUAUACGCAACCGAUAACAUCCUUGGCAUUUGAUCCUGUGUCGGAUACACUUUGGACUGGCAAUAAUUCUGGAAGCGUAGUAGCAUAUUAUGGCACACAAGGAACUCGCGGCGUUCACUUUCCGGUUGGGGGAGACUUGGCUGUGAAGAAGAUACUGGUCGGCGACAAGUAUGUCAGAGCUCUUGGGUCGGCGGGAAGAGGUGUUGGGCAAUGGAGCAAGGGCGGAGCGAACAACUGGUAUCAUAAGUCCUUGCAUACUGUUACGACUUUCUCUAAUGCAAUAAGCGCGUCUCCAAACAUUGCAAUAUCCACGGGUAUCCCGGAGCUUGCCUUGAUCAACAGCUCAACGGGUGCUCUAGUCAGACAAUGGCCUGCUCCGUCUCUCUUGACUCACCUCGUGUCUUCUCAUACGCUUCUUCUCUCUGGCUCGGGAGAUGGCUACAUUCGGACGCAUGACAUACGAAUCGGGCCGAAGGGUGAUUUCGGAGAAUUAUCUGUGAAAGCACACACGAAGGGUGUGCAGGGUUUAGAGGUUAGCGGUAACCUCGUAUUCUCUAUUGGUUGGGGUGUUAGACAGGGAAGGCCGUUCCCGGAACCGCUGGUGAAAGUCUACGACCUGAGAAGCUUUAAAGCGCUACCUCCAUCCUCUUUCUCUGCUGGACCUGGGUUUAUUAACACCCUUCCUCGACGGUCAUCCAGCGUUGUCGUCACUUCGACGAGAGGUCUUGUGAAUAUAGUGGAUACAUCCAACCCAGGCGAUGGUGGUGAAUUCUAUCAGCUUGACGUCUCGUCCUAUGUCAGCUCCGUAGCAGUCUCCGCUACGGGUGUCUAUCUUGCCUUUGGUGAUGCCGAUGGUGGUAUCCAACUGAUGACAGCGGGCGAUGAGGAAGGGACAGUACCCUUCAAUGGAUUUGAGGGGCAGCCGGUCGAAUGGCCAGACGUUCCCGAGCCAGUUCCUAGUAUUGAUUGGAACGACUCGACUCCUCUGAACUCGAUAGGUAUGCCGUACUACGACUCAAUGCUGCUUUCCUCCUGGACGCCCAAGUUCCUCCCUCCGAACUUAUCUUACCCUCCACCACCCAAAAUCCCUACGCAAAUCUUGAGCAGCAUGAGAAUGAACGAUUUCGUUGGUUAUGCGACAUUACCGAAGGAACUACAAGGCAGGCGGAACGUGGUGUCGACGGACACGAAGAAAGACAAAGGGAGGUUCCGUAGUGUGCGACCUCGCUCUGACCAGACGGAGCCAGAAACUCCAAUUGAAGAAGGACUGGAAGAAAUUCCACGCCCGUUCCGCGAGGUGUCUAUCCAGUAUUCGAAAUUCGGUGUUGAAGACUUUGAUUUUGCUUUCUACAACAAAACAGAAUAUAGCGGACUCGAAUCGCAUAUCGUCAACUCCUAUACGAACAGUCUCGUCCAAACGCUACACUAUUGUUUACCUAUUCGACGCCUUGCGGAAUCACAUAUCCUUACCAGCUGUAAUCGCGAGCAUUGCUUCCUCUGUGAGCUCGGAUUCGCUAUGCGCAUGCUCAGCGAUGCUCGUGGUGUCAAUUGUCAAGCUAGCAACUUCUGCAAGACUGUUGGAGUGCUUGCUCAAGCAUUUAAUCAGAUUUCGUACAUCGACUACGGGAAGCCUGCACACACCUACAGCGACACUAUUCAGGGCUUCCACAGGUUCCUCCUCGAUCAGCUAAGCUCGGAAGGGAAUAAUUUCCCUCAUAAUCCUCUUAUCAUCCCGUCCGAGAACACGAAUCCAUCGAUGAUCGCUGCACCAGUUACGCAAUUGCUUGGUUUGGAUACCAAGACGAAUAUUUAUUGCACGAGCUGUAAGAGGAAACGGCAAAAGGAAGGAAUGGCACACGUUACGGAUAUGAUAUUUCCAAGACCCAGUCCUGGUAAUAAUCCACCACAAGCAGACUUCGCGAGUAUCAUUCGAGAGUCGUUGCUUCGCAGUAACGUCUACAAAGCGACGUGUCCCCUCUGCAAACAAUUCUCGUCAAAUGAGAGUCGCAAAUCCGUACCUUCGAAAGACCUUCCGCCGGUAUUAGCGCUCAAUACGUCGAUAUAUGAGGCUGGGAAUUCGUCUCAUAGACUCUGGUUCGAUAGUCGACUUCGCCAGAGUAAUUUCUUGCAGCCGUUUGUUGAGAUUCGUGGACAGGUCGAUGGUGUUGACGAAGCUGAGGUUGUUCAAUAUGAGCUUCGAUCGAUGAUUGUGGAAGUAGUUCCGGAGGGCAAGAAAUACGGACAUCUAGUUUCUGUGGUAAAGAUCCCUGAAGCCGAGAGAGGACAAUUAAUGGAACCAUGGAUUGUGUUCAAUGAUUUCGUCGUUACGAACGUUUCGGAACGGGAGGCUCUUGGGUUUUCUGGUAAUUGGAAGGUCCCUGCAAUCUUGUAUUAUGAGCGGGUUGAUAUGCAGGACAAAUUGAAACUAGAUGCGCUUCCAAGAGAGCUUGACGUAUCUAUUCUAUGUAAAGAUAUAAACCUUUCUUUGAAUCGGGAUAACGCAUCCAUUAAGCAUGAACUACUAGGACAGGACGAGCUUCCAAAGCCAGGGACUAUGGUCUCUAUUGAUGCAGAGUUCGUCUCGAUGCAGCAGGAAGAAUCAGAGUAUCGGUCAGAUGGUACGAAGAAAGUCCUUCGCCCUGCUCGUCUAAGUCUCGCUCGUGUAUCCGUCCUGCGAGCUACGGAAGGACCAAAGUUCGGCGUACCGUUCAUCGAUGAUCAUAUACAUACCAGUGAAGCGAUCGUGGAUUAUCUGACUGAGUAUUCUGGUAUCAAAUAUGGUGACUUGGACCCACAUAUGUCGAGACAAACGCUUGUCCCAUUGAAGGUGGCGUACAAAAAACUUAGGUUACUUGUGGAUCUUGGAUGUGUCUUUAUUGGACAUGGGUUGAAGAAAGAUUUUCGCAUCAUCAACUUGUUCGUACCUGCAGACCGAGUACUCGACACCGUAGACAUCUACUUCAUCGAAUCUCGUCAUCGACGACUCUCCCUGCGCUUCCUUUCAUGGAUAGUAUUGAAAGAGAACAUCCAAACCGGCGAGCACGACUCGAUCGAGGAUGCACGUUGUGCCCUAUUGCUGUUUCGCAAGUUUCAGGAGUACGAAGAACAAGGACUUUGGGACGAGAAACUUGAAGAGCUGUACAAAGAGGGGAAACAACAUGUAAGUAUAUUUCUUCACUCUAUUCAAACCGAUUUUUGA